AUUUGGCCUCGUACAAAGCACACGUGCAAAAUGCAUUUUCACGAAAUUAUUAGCAGUUUUCCUGACAUACGGAAGAGAAGGUGGGCAGAAACGUUUAGAAUUCUAGUCGAUUCCUCAUUUAGUGAUUAAUUUUAGUGCUUUAGGAUACAUAAUUAAUUGUGAUACAACCGAAAUGGUACAAACAGAAGACAUUGUAGCAGAAGACAACGAGAAGGUUUUACCUCGUGCCCCCAAAGGCGUGCCCGACGGUAACUACAAACUAAUCGGAUGGAGUAUCGAUACGACGGGACGUCGUCUCAUAGACGAAAUAUGCCAGAUAGCCGCCUACUCCACGACCUCCCAAUUCUCUCAGCACAUUAUGCCAUUCUCCGAUCUAAACGUGGGAUCGCGUCGACGUCACAACCUACGUAUCAUAAACAUCGGACGCUAUCGAAUGUUGAAGAACCUCAAGACAAACAAAUUCGUCAAGACGAAAAGCGAAAUCUCGGCGCUCACCGACUUUCUCACGUGGCUGGAGGCGAACCGGGGCGACGCCAAGGACGGCGUCAUUCUCGUGUACCACGAGUUCCGCAAGACGUCCCCCGCCAUGCUGCUCGAAGCCCUACGUCGAUACAGCUUAAUCGAACGAUUUUCGCAGGUCGUCAAGGGCUUCGCGAACGGAUUUAACAUUGCGUCGGUGCAGUGUAAAAAUACCACCAAGUCUUUCAGUUUACGGGUCAUGAGUCGAAUGCUGUUAAACAAGGAGGACGAUUUCGGCAAUGCGAUCGAUCGGGCUCAGGCCGCGUUUGAGGUCGUCGUCCAUUUGGGGCAGGCGGAGAAGACGGACGUGAACGACACGAACGCCAAUAACAACAACGAAGGACACAUCAGUAGCUUUAUUAGUAAAUUUGUUAAUCCCGUCUCGGCGGAGGAGGAGGAGAUUGCAAAUUUUAAGGUAGUAUCUUUAUAGUUUGUGUCUUAUCAUUAAAUGAGAAUCUGAAUUGAAGGCCAAUGAGAUGGGAGAGAGGUGGCCAGUUAGUAGACGGCGGCAAAAGUGCUAAUUAAAAAAUUAUUUGCACAAUUAUUUAGUUGUCGGGUAACCCCUGUGUGAUAAAGAUAACAACUUUAAAAAAAUGAAUAAGAUCAGAUUUAUUCUUUAUUUAUUUAAAUCUGAUUUUAUUUUAUGUUUAUGUCAUCACAUAGUUCCAUUUCAUUUUAUUCCUUAAAAUGGCAUAUCGAAUAAAAAUCAAACAAUCGAAUUAUUCUUCUUUUCCGAUUAAUUAAAGAGGACACAGAAAAUAAAAUCAGAGUGAACAUCAGAAAUGACAUUUUUUUAGCCAGUAACAGAAUAGAUAGCAUUACAUUCUGCAUUUGAUGCUGUUGUGUGGUCAUGUCAUGUCACUUUCUACAUGCCGGCAGAGCCGUCCUUAGGGUGGAGCGAGUGGAGCGGCCGCUCCAGGCCUCGCGCUGAAAAAAAAUAUAAGGUUUUAUUUAAUGAAAAUAAAAAUAAUAUAAUAAUAUUUUAAUAUA